AUGCUUGGUAUCAUUGAGUCCUUAGCUGUGGCUGCACCUAAAAAUUCCGCGUCGGUCAUCGGGGGUUUCAAGGAUGUUGCGACUAAGGAAGGAAGCGAGGAAAAGAUUCUUAAGAAGGCGAUUGAUCGCUGCUUUGAAGCAAUAUUUAAGAAUUCUAGUGAUGUGGUUACGGAGAAACUUGGGCGCAAAGUUUUAGACUUUGUGAAAACAAAUCAGUUUGAAAGCUCUCUUGCAACAGACAUGCUUGCUUCAGUUGUCGCCUCUGAAUUACCUUCGUUCUGGCUCCUUUUCGCAGAACAUGUUCUUCGAAAUUUAAGAGUGGUACUUACACCUGAAAUGAAAAAAUCUGAAGACCUUGAUGCUUCUGCAUCAUGGUUUGUGUCUUUGGCUGCCGCUUUGUUGGGAACAACUAGCGAGAAUUACAUUCAGCACAAAGGUAUCUGCAUAGAAAUGAUCGACUUGUUGGUGAACUGUAAGAGUUCGGUGGCAUACAGCGGCGGAGCGCUUGGGCUGUGGAACAGCUUGUACACACUCUCUCGCGUAUAUCCAGAAAACACAUAUUCUAGGAGUAAAAUGUUGAGCAGGCCUUUGAAAGAAUGGGUGCCUAUUAGGGAGUGGGCGCGAUUGUACAACAGAGAUGAAGUGAAAAUGGCUUGGAACAUUCCUAGUGAAAGAGGAAGAGCGGUGAUGAAAGAGAUUUUAAACAAGUUCUUUUUUCCUACGAUGGAUCUCGUGCAAACCGUACAUGUAGAAAGGGAGGAGCUGAAAAAAGCAUUCGCGAUAAUGAGCUCGGUCUUAACUGGAGGUGCUACUUGCUUCUCCAUGCCACCUUCUCCACUGUUUCCUUGUCCCAUCUCAAAAUUGCCUUGGUUUAACCCAGAUAUACCCAACACUGCAGUGUUCAGAUCAGAUAUUCAACAUCCAUCCGGAAGAAACGUCAGAGAAAUGUUGAUAGAGCUGAUGGAAAAGGUUGUCAAUCGAGCAGAGACAUCCAAACAUGACUUGAGUCAGGUUCUUGUCACCAUAUGUUCAAUGCUUCAUUAUCUCAUACAUACAAAUUAUAUCGAUACCAGUGAACUUGUAACUGCUACCGAAACGCAAGCUGACGUGUUUACGUACCUUACGGACCCAGUGAAGAGGGCGUAUCCUAUAUAUGUCUACGAAUCUAUGGCUUACGUUUGUCAUAUGAAAAAUGCAACAGUAGUUUCUACGCUGUUAACGCACUUCCAUAUCCGAUGCAUCCGCCUACUGACGAGAUUGACUAUGAAUGAUUACGUGGCGGUGCGCGGUGCUGCACAAACUGAAUUAUUUCUUGUUUUUGCUGAAUAUACGGUUUCGAGAGAAACUAUGAUUGACACGCUAUUACCCUCGCUUACUGGUGAAUACACGACUGGAAGACUAAGGGGUGCUUUAAACGUAAUUUGGAAAUCAAAGUUGGGAACGAAUUCUAGUAUGCCUGCUAGAAACAAAGUGUGGCGAGCACUUCUAGAGAUGAAGCCAAUCGAAUUUCCAAGCAUUCUCGAGAUUUACGAGCAGAUAAGUGAGGAGAUUGAAAAAAUGCGUAGACCUCAACUGAAGCAUUAUACAUGCACGAAACUAGAACCAUUCUGCCAAAAGUUGUUUACGAAGCUUCCAAGAACGGGAGCGUGGACAAAAUUCAAUUGCAAAAACUCGCUAGAAUUGUGUAAGAAAAUGCAAGAGCAAAAGAAAUUAGAGAAUAAAAAAGAGAGGAAAGCAUUGGUCGACAUGCUGUUGGAGCAAUUGACGAAGAAGGAUUUGUCACAUUCACGGAUAAAGCUUUGCUGCACGAUGCUGUGGCGUUGUCAGAUGGAAAAAUCUGGCGUUGAGACCAUCAAAGUUCUACUCUCAAGAUACGCCGAUGAGGAAAAACACUUUCGUGACCAAAGCGCAGAUGCACUUUGCUAUUGGUUGAAAAAGAACAAAGCAAAAACCGUUCGUAUGAAUUGGGGAUGUCCGGCUAAGCCAAUAGAAAAGAUACCUCUGAAAUGCGGCCUUCGGCCUGACAAUCUUUGCUUAGCCUAUGAUUCUAUGAAUCUUCCAAAUACGGAAGAAAAAUGGAACAGCACCUUAUUCAUGUCGAAACAGCACGGGUGCUACAAAUGGCCACCGUUUGUCAACGUAGUUAUAUUUGCCAAGCGGCCACAGAUAAACCGACCACCUCUCAACGAAUGCGAAAAGGCUAUUGUAGCAGCAUUUGAAGAUCCUGUGAUGUAUAGAAAAUGGGUAACGCUUUUACUAAUAGAGAAAAGAGACUUACCACAAGUGACCGAAAGCACUGUUUGGAUGAUCAAAUAUCUACUUCGAAAUUUCCCAGACAGCCAAAUUAUUUACAGACAGAUAACAAGAACCCUGGUGGAGCUAUUAAAGAGCAAAAGGAGAGCGGAGCAACGUUUAGCUGCCGAGUUCUUCACUGGAGUAGCUAUGGGAACAAAAUAUCGGGGAUUCAAAGUGCUCAACGAGUUAUGGAAAUGGUUGGCUCCUGCAGUGGAUCUUAUGUACGACUACAUGAAUGCAGAUGCCCAUUACGCUUGGCACGUUUGCCUAAACACGCUCUUGGAAAGAGACGAUACUAGAAGAUACUGGUGGUUGAUAGAAGAAUUAUUGAAAGGCAUGGCUCGUCCAGCACCAUCAGCCUGGCAUCAAGCAGUGAGGUCCAUUUACUUGGUAGCCAAUACGUGGAGAGAGACAGAAACGCGAAGAAGAAUUUGUGAAAUUGCCUGGAGAAAUCUUCCCAAUGCUCGUAUCGAAACAGCUCGUCUCGGUGUCUCAACUGCUCUCAAGAACAUCUGUUCUAUCAUAGAUGCAAACAUGAACAAUGAUUUCAAAGGAGUGCCCAAGAGGUUUCACAUAGAAAAUAUUGACUUCUGGCUACAGAGAUUUCAAGGAAAUAUUGAUACUGUGAGUACCAAAUCUGGAACACCAAGUGCAAGUGCAUCUGAAACAAAUGUUCCACCGACUGCUGUGCAGCUGCAACUGGAACAGCUCGCUGCAAAGUUAGCCGAGAGAAGCCCCAGUAUUACUGCAAUGGAUGUGUCACAAAACUAUCUUCGCACUCUCCUGGAAUUUCUUAUGCAGUAUUAUGAGGAUAGUAUAACCAGUCUCACUCCCGGAAUCAUCUCCUUAUUUCCUACUCUACUCGAGUAUGCCAACGAAGAGAAUGUGGAAGUUAUGGGUUCAUACAAAGAUGUGGACAUAAAGUAUACUGCAAGCCUACUGGUGUACGAAUGGAUGUCCGGAAUUUUGCUGACUCCGAAAUAUGCAGAUGAUUUCCUUAAAGCCGUCAUAGAGUCAUACUACACAGCAUACAUCUGGCACGUAAAAAUUGCUGUCUUAAAAUUCCUUCAAGUCCUUGUCUUUUUGAAUAUAUACGAAUUGGAACACAGAGGACGUGCCGCAAAAGUGCUUAGGCUAUUAUUUGAUGCAAUUUCUGAUCGACAGAUGGAAGUACGAGCCGAAGCCUCUAAAGCCAUGUUGACCCUUCUACUUUGCAAGUAUAUUAAAUUUGAUAAGGAACUCUUUAAGCAAAUGAAUGAAAUGAUGAAAAACAAAAACAUGUCUACACUGCACGGUGCAAUAUUAGGGAUGGGAGCCAUCGUCAGAGCACAUCCGUUUACAAACCCACCCGAACUGAAACCAGUCUUGAAAGCUCUUUGCGGAGUGACUAGCCGUAACGCAGAACUCCAGAAAGCCGCGACCACUGCUCUGCGAGAAUUCCGCCGCACCCAUCGCGAGAAUUGGGAAGAAACAGCAAAAAUUCUUGGCUCCGAACUAGUAUACAAGAUAGAAAAUGCGAUUGCACCCAUUUAUUAUGCGUGAACAUGUGACAAAAAAAAUGUUUUAGACCUCCUAUUCGGGGGUAUCCCAAGACUGUUAACACCAUUUUUGAUGGCCAAGCCGCUUUUCCAUUGCCUAUGCCUUGUCAAUCGAAC